CUCUGAUUGGCGGCUUGUGGGCAAGUGGAGAGGGGCUGAGCGCGAGCAGAGGACCACAGCGCGUGCUGGCGCCGGCGAGGCUGACAGAACUCGGAACUUCGAGGUGCGUGCGCGACCCUCGGGCAGACUUCCCGCGUCCUCUCAGCCCGGAAGCAGCCCCUUCAGCGCGGGGAGACCCAAAGGCCUGCACCCUAGGGAAACACCCCAAGUCUUCUCAGCCCGAGGGACCCCAAAGACCCAAACCCCAAGAAUCCAAGCGGGCGGGGCGGGGGGGGGACCCCCGAGUCCGUGGACCCUGGGCCUGAGCGUCGGCCGGCUGGGGACCCUGGGCGGGGACAGCCUGCCGCGGGGUCCCAGCCGCCGCCCGGCCCGUGUCGCCCACAGGAGCCCGCCCUUCCUGCGACGCGAGCACCAUGAGCACCGCCGGCAGCGCGGGGUCGGAGAGUCCAGAACGAGGCGACGCGAGGCCGGAGUGGACGCCCAAGGUGGACCAGCGGCCGGAGCCGGGCGGGGCCCGGGGCGAGCGGGGCAGGUGGCCACGCCUGGCCACUACAUCGGCGCGGUGGUUGCUGGGAUGGGGGAGGAAGGCAGCACAGAGCUCCCUGACACGUUUGGGGCAGAAGAUACAGAUAAAGUCAAAGACACUUUCAAAGACAUUGCCAUUUACUUCUCCAAGGAAGAAUGGGCAGAGAUGGGAGAGUGGGAGAAAAUCCGCUAUAGGAAUGUGAAAAGGAACUAUAAUAUGCUGAUUUCUAUAGGUCUCAGAGCCCCUCGACCAGCUUUCAUGUCUCACCAAAGGCAAGCCGUCAAGUCUCAGGUAGAUGACAAUGAAGAUUCUGAUGAAGAAUGGACACCUAGGCAGCAAGUCAAACCUCCUUGGAUGACCUUCAGAGUAGAACAGAGUAAACACCAGAAGGAAAUGCUGAGGGCGCCAUUAAGUAAUGAAUCUAGUUUGAAGGAAUUGUCAGGAACUGAAAAUUUACUGAAAUUUACAAGUGACUCAGAGCAGGCCCAGAAACCAGUGUCCUCUCCUGGAGAAGCAAGUACCUCUGUACAGCAUCCUAGACAAAAACUAGAACUCAGGAGAAAGGAGGUGAAAACAAAGAUGUACAGCCUGCGGGAAAGAAAGGGUCAUGCAUACGAAGAGGUCAGCGAGCCCCAGGAUGAUGACUACCUCUAUUGUGAGAAGUGCCAGAACUUCUUCAUCAACAGCUGUGCUGCCCACGGACCCCCUACAUUUGUAAAGGACAAUGUGGUGGACAAAGGGCAUUACAAUCGCUCAGCCCUUAGUCUGCCCUCUGGGCUAAGAAUCAGACCAUCCAGCAUCCCUGAGGCUGGGCUUGGAGUAUGGAAUGAGUCCUCUGAUCUGCCACUGGGUCUGCACUUUGGCCCUUAUGAGGGCCAGAUCACAGAGGAUGAAGAGGCAGCCAACAGUGGAUACUCCUGGAUGAUCACCAAAGGGAGAAACUGCUACGAGUAUGUAGACGGAAAGGAUAAGUCCCAGGCCAAUUGGAUGAGGUAUGUGAACUGUGCCAGGUUUGAUGAGGAGCAGAACCUGGUGGCCUUUCAGUACCACAGGCAGAUCUUCUACAGAACCUGCAGGGUCAUCAGGCCAGGGUGUGAGCUAUUGGUCUGGUACGGGGACGAGUAUGGCCAGGAGCUGGGCAUCAAGUGGGGCAGCAAGUGGAAGAAAGAGCUCACAGCAGGGAAAGAACCAAAGUCAGACAUCCAUCCUUGUUCCUCGUGCUCCUUGGCCUUCUCCAGCCAGAAAUUCCUCAGUCAACAUGUGAAACACAGUCAUCCCUCUCAGGUCUGCCCAAGAACAUCUUCAAGAAAAAACUUCAUACCAGGGGAUCCCUGUCCAGUGAAUGAGCUUCAGGAGCAGCAACAUUCUAAUCCACACAGCCAGAAUGACAUAGUAAGAGGUCAAGAGGUCAAAGAAAGGUCCAAACAUACACAUGAAAAGAUAAGGCAGAGGGAGAUUUCAAAUGCCUUUUCUAGCCCACUCAAAGGACAAAUGGGGAGUGUUGGGGAGAAUGAGAAAAUGAUGAAGGAAAAGCUCAGAACAGACCAGAAAGUGAAUCCAGAUGGCACAAGCAAAUUAUUUGUGAGGGUAGGAAUCUCAGGAAUUGCAGGAGUCAAGAAUGGAGGUGGUGGGCAAGAUUUCAGUGAUAAGUCAAGCCUCAUCAAGCACCAGAGGACACACACAGGGGAGAAGCCCUAUGUUUGCAGGGAGUGUGGGCGAGGCUUUGCAGUAAACUCAGGCCUCAUCAAGCACCAGAGGACACACACAGGGGAGAAGCCCUAUGUUUGCAGGGAGUGUGGGCGAGGCUUUGCAGUUAAGUCAAACCUCAUCAAGCACCAGAGGACACACACAGGGGAGAAGCCCUAUGUUUGCAGGGAGUGUGGGCGAGGCUUUGCAGUAAACUCAGGCCUCAUCAAGCACCAGAGGACACACACAGGGGAGAAGCCCUAUGUUUGCAGGGAGUGUGGGCGAGGC